AUGGGUCCAUCGUUGAGAGACCAUGGUUCCUUCGUCCGACCAUCAACUCGCGAUCGGCCAACCACCCGCGGCGAAGGGGAAAAUUCGCUGGUCGUCCCCAGCCGCACAUCAUCGCUGCAUUCGCGCAUCACCCAACCCAUUCCUUCUACACUCAACAUGAAGCCCACGCAGAGGACACCCAAAACGCUCACCCAUGCCUACAUGGUGUGCGGUGUGGGCCGUGAACCCUCCCAAUGGGUCAAGGCUCCCUCGCCCGACCAGGGCAAGAUUGGCCACAUGAAAGGGGCUGUUGGCCAAUUCUGGCUGCCCGAAAUCCUCGGCAGUAGUCCUCGCCUGGAGCAAGACAACGAGAUUGCGCGGUCGCUGCACUCGGCCAUGAGGGCUUGCUUCCCUCACGAUGUCGAAAUUUGCACCGGCAAGAGCCAACCUCAUUGCAGUCACCAUGCCUUUGUGUUGCAGCAAGAUUCCUCCCACACUCUCUACGGCAUUGCCUUGCGAGUGUGGUCCCGCGCGGACGAGAAGCGUGCAGAGACCAUCCGCGAGUUACGCAAGAAGACCGAGCCGGACUUUUACGACAACCCGGACGAGACCUACUGGAUCCCCUACUGUCUGAGUUUCUUGUCCCGCUAUCCUCUCUACGACCUCCUGGGUGAUUACCUGCGAGGCAUGUGGAUUCACUGGAACAAGGCCACCAAUCUGUUUCACGCCGAGGAGGUUUCUCGCAUUCUCAGCUUCCCGGCGCCUCGCUUGAACGAUCUGGUGCGCAUCGACAUGAAGGAUUAUGCCCUCUGCUAUCAGUUCCCCUCAUCGCCCACGGGGUUCCAAAACUUCUCCAUGUGGCCCCUGUUCAAUUGUCUGUCCAUCCCCAACAUCGUCGGCGUCAUCGAAGCGGCCGUCUCGCCCACGCGUCGCAUCAUUUUCGUUUCGCACUAUCCCGCCAUGUUGACGGUGGCCGCGGAGACGAUCCGAUACUGUGUCCGCGUCUACGAGUGGAGUGGCCUGUACGUUCCGGUGGUGCAUGCCCGUCAUGUCAAGGAGCUGGUGCAGGAACCGGGCCCGUACAUUCUGGGUAUCACCGCCGAAUGUCGAACCCUGUUCAACGCCCCCUCGGAUGCGCUCGUGGUGGAUCUGGACCGAAACUUUGUUCUCACAUCGAGUCCGCCCAACGUGUUGAACCAGGGACAGCGCACCAAGUUCAUCACCCGUCUCACCCAAGCCCUAAAUGGUGAUGUCUCCCCGUCCGGGGUGCCCACCCACCUGCGUUCGGCGUAUGCGGGAGGCAAGCUGAUCCCCGCCGGCCAGAUUAUCGUGAUGCGCGGCGAGGUCGAAAGCGUCCAAGAUCCCGGCUGGUGGAACCAGGAUGCCGUGAUGGGAGUCAUGGAUCAUGUGUGCGAGAAACUGGGCCGGAACACCGGUAUGAAGGCGGUCUUUGGCGGCUCCGUCAAGAAGCCUCUCAUGACCAAGGUUUCCAUGCGCCACCUCAACGAGAUCGUGCGGGAACGCAAUCAAUACUCGCGCGAUGCCAUGGAGGCCUGGCAGGACUUCAUCAACCUCAAGGGCCGCAUGGAUACCGAGCUGAGCAAGGUGACGAAGCGAAACAACUUCCUGGUGGAGGAGCUCGAGACCUGGAAGCAGCAGUUCCUCAAGUUCCAGGCCUUUGCCGAGCAGCUCACCAAGGAGACCUCGGAGCUCAAGGUCAAGAUUGAGAACCACAAGCGGGAGACCCGUCGUCUCACCGGUCUCAUCGACCAGCAGAAGGAUGACGUGGCUCGUCUCACCCUGCGCCUCUCCGGCACCGAGAAGCAGCGUGAUGAUGCUCUUGAGGCCCUUGUGCUGCAGCAAGAGAUUGCCGAGGAAUUGGAGCGUGAGCGCAAGCGCAACCAGAAAGAAAUUUCCGCCCUCACCCACACCAAUUCGACCUUGUCUCGCCAGCGCGAUGACGCCCAGCGUGUGGUCCUGCACCUGCGCAGCCUGAUCAAUGGCCAGAGCCACCACAUGGAGCACAUUGUUCGUUCUAUUGGUAGCAACUCGGAGAUCACGGAAAUGGUCGAGCAGGGCUACGAGGACGCCCCCGAGGAGGCCACCGAUCACGAGCCGCGUCUGGAAUCGGUCAAGGAGCAAAGCAGCACGGAGAAUACUGUGAGGAAGGCCACACCGGUAAAUAAUAUGAGACCCGAGCUCGAGCAGCAUCUGCUGAACAUUGGCAAGGAUCGCAAAUCUCUGGCUCGCCUGAGCGUGACCGAUGUCGCGGAUCGUUACCUUCGCGACAAGACGGACGCCAUCGCGGACAUCAUCCGUAACAUUAGCGACCAGUGCGCCGCCGCCGUCGAAGGAUUACAUCUGGCCCAGGAUGCCGAGGAUGAGGAUGACAUGGACUACACCGCGAAGUCCACUCACGGUCAGGAUGGGGCCGAUCGUCUCGGCUCGGAAUACGAUGGACUCACCACCCGGGCCACCAGUGAAGUGAGCGACCUGGACAACAACUCCCUUCAUCCGGACAACCGUCACUCCAGCAUUCCCCCGACCCCCGACUUGGUUCACAACCGAUCUAGCACGUCCAUGUCGAUGAUCAGCAGCUCAACGUUCCCCGAGCGGGCCAGCAUGCAGUAUGGUCCGGGCGAGAUUCCCACCCGGAUCGUGGAGGAUGACGAUGAGCAUGCCCACGAGACUGAGAACAUGGAUGACCAGGCCACCGAGACCGGUACCCUCUCCAAGCAAGCCAGCGAGGACCUGAUGCGCCCUCAGAACGCGCGUGUGAUCUCAUAA